GCGCCGCGACGCUCGGCCCGGCAGGCUCUUUCGGGGCGGGACGUCAGGGCGCGGGGCCGGAAGUCGGACGAGGGGCGGUGCGGUACUCGCCCGGCGGGAAGGCGGCCGUUGGGGCCGCUGAGUUGGCGGAGACUCCCAGCGCAAGGCUCCAGAUGGAAGCGGCGCCAGAUCCCGGGCCCGGGCUCUGCUGCAAGCCUGGCGGGCGGCUGGACAUGAGCCACGGCUUUGUGCACCACAUCCGACGGAACCAGCUCGCCCGGGACGACUAUGACAAGAAGGUGAAGCAGGCGGCCAAGGAGAAGGCGAGGAGGCGGCACACGCCCGCGCCGACGCGGCCCCGCAAGCCCGACCUGCAGGUGUACCUGCCGCGACACCGAGAUGGCUCGACCCACCUAAGCAACCCAGACUGUGGGGAGUCCAGUGAAAGCAGCAGUAGUGGCAGCUCCGAGCCAGAACCUUCUGGCCAUCAGCUCUUCUGUUUAGAAUAUGAGGCAGACAGCGGAGAGGUCACCUCAGUUAUCGUGUAUCAGGACGAUGAUCCAGGAAGGGUGAUUGAGGAGGUGUCCGCACACACGCCUCUGGAUCCACCAAUGCGAGAGGCCCUCAAGUUGCGCGUCCAGGAGGAGAUCACAAAGCGCCAGAGCCGACACUGACCAGGCUGAAGGCAUUCUCACCAGGCUGGAUUCACUGCCCAGGGAGCUCACUCCUAGUUUGGGGGUGUCAGGACCAGUCUGAGCUGAUCUUCACAGACACACACACACACACACACACACACACACACCUACACACCAAGCUCAACAUCCAUAGGAACUGAGUGCUACAGGGACAAACCUGCUUUGCAGGCCAUUCUUUCUUGUAUGUUGGCCCAUUUGACCAGCUGAGUAUUCUGGAAUUUGAGAAUUUUGUUUGGCUAACUUGGUGUUCUACAAGCAGAGAUUCCAGGGAGAGCUGAGGUUUUUGAAACCUUGUGCCAGCAUGCUGCUUUCUUACUGAGGUCAUAUGCCGUGGGACACCUACCUGCUGCUGUUCCACCCAACUUAAUGAACCGUGUUUGUAGUUUUACAGUUCCUUUUUUCCUUGCUUCUGCUCCCUUCCAUCCAUGUUUUCCUAGACCUUUUUUUCAGCUGUUUCUUUGUUCUUUCCAUUCCUUCAUCUUUGUCUCAGAACCCGUCAGUUCCACCCCACCUCCCAAGGUGACUGUGAACCUCCCAACUGCUCAGGACUUUGGAGGUGGGGAGUUCUGGGGGGUUUACCUUUCUGACAAGCUCUCCCAGUAAUUCUGAUAUCAGUAACAUGGGAGAUUUUCAUUUUUGAGACUGUCUUGCAAGCAUGUCUCCCUAUCCUUCCAUGGCUUUUGCAAGUUUCUCUCACAUUGCUCUGCUUUGCACUGUCUAGAUGAAGAGACCUAGGAAGAUGAUACCAGAACUCAACUGCAAGGAUUUCUUGCAGCAAAACCUCCCUUGGUUAGGGCUACAGGAUUCCAGUUUCCAACCUCAUCCCUAGCUCUGAACAGACCAUCCUUUGCUCAGGUUAAAGGGGAAUUAUCAAAACAAGCUUGAAACUGACUCUCCAAAUGUGAUUUAACAGUCUCAAAUGUACAAACAAAGGGAAAUUCAACAUGAGCAAUAAUUGCCUAUUUGGAGCCCUAGUUGGGGAAAAAAAAAGAAAGAAAAAGGCCCAUAUAAUGGGCUGCGAAAUGAGCCUCUCUCAUCUGCCCUGCCCCUGCCCCAUUCUUUCUCCUUUCCCAUCUCCUAAGAGUAUAUAGAUCCUAGGAAUAUUACUGUCUUCAACUCAGUGACCUGUUUCCCUAAUGCAGGGCCAGCUAAGGUCUGAGACAUCCACAGGACAUCCUAUGCACCGCAGUUCCAACCUCCUGCAGAUUUCCAACAAUUGACCUAACCUCAGUGACUUGAAGUGUGGGGUUUAAAUGAGCCCAUGAACACUAAGACUUCUUGAAACCAAAGUCCCUCUGCCCCAGGGGUUUUUCUACAUCAGGGUCUCAAGAUCAGUCUGACUGUUCCAUCUCAGCGACUUUUCUCUUAAAGGACACCUGAGGGCACUGUUGGUUUGUGCCUACACCCCUGAAAAUCUACCACCUCAGAAAUGGGGCAAGGCAGCUACUUCAGCUACAUCAUUAGAAUCCAUUAAGCCACAGCUUGCAGUGCCAGAGGAAUUCUGGGAAAGUGAGUGAGGUAGAUAAUUGAGAUGGGCCUGAUAGUGAAGGGAGCCAGGGACCAGAGUGUUCCUGACCCACAGAGUUGGCCCAAGGUUAAAUGCCUUAAAUUUGCCAGUCCUGGGCUCAUUUCUACUUUCAGAAGAGAAAGUCUGCCCUCCACUUACUCAGCCAGGCUAGAAGUGCCUUUUGACUUACAAUGUUAACUACCCUCGAGAGUCUCCAGGUCAAGGAGGCUGUGCCAUACUCUCACCCCAAUCUUCCAGCAGCUCAGAGGACUGGGGAUUUUAGUUUUCCAGCUCUUCAACCGCUCUUCUGACUUGGACAGAGGAUCUCACUGGAACUCUUAGGCUUCCUAGUCUGGAAAUACUUUUUUGGGUCUGUCUUCUCACAACUGGAUGGCCUGUUUCGUGGACUUACUACAGGAUUAGAAACAAGACCAGAAGAGGAGGUUGGGGGCAUGGCACCUGAAAUCUUAGCCUCCAUUCCUUUUUGUGAGAAGGAAAAUGUGUACCUAAUACAGCCUUUUCUGUCUGUCAUAACCCUCACACUCUCAGGUAAGAGACUGAUAGAAACUUAUUGGUGAACUUUUUUUCUUGAGGCAUUUUGCUUACCAAGCGCAUAUAAAAUAUUUUCCACCCAGGAAAGCAUCCUCAUUCUUAGCUCAUUUAAGCAGUAGGACUAUAGAAAGCACUAGGCCUCGUACUUAAAUUAGAGGUUGUCC